GUGAAGCGGUUCGUGGUACGUUCAGGGUCCGUGCUUUUAGUUUAGUUUUAGUUUUGUUCGCUUAGACAAGAUGAAGGUGCUCCAGUGGUUUUUUCGGUGCCUGUGUUCUCCCAGUAACCGUCGAGCCAGACGAAAAGCUGCGAUUGUCGGUUCUCGGUGCGGGUUGUACGGAACUCUUUCUAGCAGCAAGCCACAACCAAGCUUUGGAAUCCUGUUUGACAUUGAUGGUGUGGUUGUCCGAGGAAAGACGCCGAUCCCUGCUGCAAAAAAUGCAUUCCAGAAGUUAGUCGACUCUCGGGGACAAUUUGUGGUGCCCGUAGUUUUUGUUACGAAUGCAGGAAACUGCCUCAGGGAAACAAAAGCAGACCAGCUGUCUCACAUCCUGGGAGUAAAUAUUACCCAGGAUCAAGUUGUGAUGUCCCACAGUCCACUGACCAUGUUUAAGAAGUACCAUGAAAAGUGUGUGCUUGUGUCAGGACAAGGACCCAUCCUGGAAAUUGCGACAAAUUUGGGUUUUAACAAUGUUGUCAGCAUCGACAUGCUGAGGGAGUGGUUCCCUUUGCUGGACAUGGUGGAUCACAACAGGAGACCCAAGCUUCCAUCCUGUCCUGUAGGCAACCUCUCUGUAGUUGAAGCUGUGAUUCUCUUUGGGGAGCCCAUUCGAUGGGAAACCAACCUGCAGCUGAUUAUUGAUGUCCUGUUGACCAACGGAAACCUUGGUGGUGUCCAUCUAACUCAAAAUCUGUCUCAUGUUCCCCUGCUGGCGUGCAACAUGGAUCUUGUGUGGAUGGCUGAGGCACAGUCUCCACGGAUUGGACACGGGACAUUUCUUGUAUGUUUAGAGAACAUCUUUAAAAAGGUAACGGGUAAAGAUCUCAAAUAUGAAGCACUCAUGGGAAAACCAAGUGAGCUGACGUACCAUUAUGCAGAGUACCUCAUCCGAUGCCAGAUGAUGCAGAGGCAGUGGAAACCUCCCAUUACAUCUCUUUAUGCAAUAGGGGACAACCUCAUGACUGACAUCUAUGGUGCCAAUUUGUACAACCGUUACCUGGAGGAGAGAGCUGCCAGGGAAAAAAUGAAAGCUCUCGCCAAAAUGGCAGCUGCGACAGGUUUCGGUGCUGUAGUGCCGCAGGAAGACGUCAGUGACAACCUGUGGGAGAGCAAGCUGGUGCUACCCUCAGUUACCUCAUGUAAAUCCAUCCUAGUCAGCACCGGGGUCUACAGUCCCAAAGUGAAGGUGCCCUGCAACGCACACCGCUGCAUCCAGGAGAUGGUGUUCCAUGGGCACCGGGACUUUAGCUUCAAACCCGAGCUAGUGGAGCCACUCUACAUUGUUCAGGAUGCGGCAGAAGCAGUUGACCUCAUUUUUGAGCAGGAGAAGUUUGUGCGAUGUCAGGAGUUUUGAGCCAACCGGGUAUUGAGCAAACACAGUCCCACUUAAAUGUGGUCACACACGUCAUAUAACUGUCACUGUGAGCCGCUGUAUUUUAUUACUGAAAUAGUUUCUAUGACUGUCUUCUACUGGUUUUAAUCCAUGAAAUAUGUAAGAAGUGUGUGUGUGUGUUCAGUGUUAGCAGGGUUUUAGUGUUUUAUAUAAAUCCUGAGCUUUAUGACAAGAUUUUUAAUGUCUAUGAGGCACAUUGACAUCGCAUUCCUUUAUUCUCACAGUAACUUUUCAGUGUGUUUUUGUCAGUUUAUCCAUUUGUCCACAAAAGUCUGUGCAUGAACAUGAAACUCAUAUGUGUACUGUUACAAACAGCUAUAGGAUGUGCAAUAUUUAUCUGAAUUUUGACUUGCAAUGCCCUUGUCCAAUAAUUGUACACAUCAGGGAUCAAUCUUUUUCACAUUUCGAACUUUGCCAUAUCUUCUUGUCGCAGUUACUUCGUUUCUGCGUUUGUUUGUUUUUUAUUCUACAAGUAAACACUAGAUAAGAUCUAUAGAAAUACUGUCACGU